AUGUCUUCUGCUAAUAUUUGGGUGGCAGCCUCGGAUGGAGAGCUGGCCAAGGUGCAAAACUGGGUUGAGAAGCACGGUUUGUCCCCAAACGAAAAAGAUCCUAACGGGUACACUCCAAUACACGCUGCAGCAGCAUAUGGCCAUAAAGAGUUGAUAAGGUAUCUGAUAGAGAAAGGAGCUGAUAUCAACAUACAGGAUCAAGAUGGAGACACCCCUUUACACCACGUUGAAUCACUUGAAAUAGCCCAAUUGUUAGUUGAAGAGUUCAAGGCCGAUCCUCGAAUAACUAAUUCUGAUGGCUUAACCCCAUUGCAGUUCAUUCAAGAAGAGGAUGAAUUCCCCGAGGUGAUUGAGUAUCUACAAUCAUUGGCAUUCGAUGGAGCUAUAAAAAAUGCAAAUGCUGCUCAGACACCGUCUCUACUGGAUUCGUUGCCAGUCCCAGGGACAGUAGGUGACCACGAUAUUAGAUACACCCUUCAAUCCGCAGAUUCUAUAGACGAUGACGAAGAGAGUCAAAAACGUCGUGCAGAAAUAGAGAAGAUUAUGGGCGGAGAUAAUCCGGAGGAGGGCUUGCAAGCUUACGUCUUGAAUGCAGUUCAAGAGCAUGUCAAGAACCUGCAAUCAGAAGAACUCUCGAACGAUACACUACCAGAGAAGAAGAGAAGGAAGUGA